CUCCCAGCAUCUUCCAAACACCUUCUGCCCUUUUUCCAUACCUUCCAACUCACCUGCGGCUUUUCGAGCAAGCGUUUCGGCCGAUUCAACUGGCCUGCCUACUUCGUCAUGGGGAUCGCCGAAAGCGACAAAGCCUUGCGCUACAUAUCUCAAUUGGACGACGCACGAUGUGCCGGACGCUGGCAAGAUGUGCCCGAGCUGUGCCGGAAGAUUGAGAAGCAUGCUCCCCACCGACGAUGCCUUACUUUGACUGCCCGAUCCGAAGCGCAAAUAGCUGCCCAUAGCACGCAAAGACCCUCUACCGCGUCCUCCACAGCAUCCUCCGCUCUCGCCAAACUGAUACCUUCCUUACAAUCGGCCCAGGAAGAAGAAUCGGACUGGGUUCAGGAUGCUUUUCAAGCCACAGUAUGUUUGGGGUGGCUACACUAUGUGCUGGAAGAGCCAGGCCUUGCCAUCGCAAGCUUGCCAGGUGAUCUGAAAACAGUCUUCAGUCAGUUACAGGAAACAUCAGCCAGCAGUUGGACACGAGUGUGCAUGGUGAAGGGUGCUUUCCUCAAAGGUUCUUCACAAGAGAAGACUGGCUUGACCGAAAAUGCGAUACAAUCCUACCGCUCUGUACUGUCGCUACUCUCUUCGACCCAGCCCACUGCUGGAACACCUCAGUUCAAAUUAUGGACGGAACACCUCUUGGUCCGGUUAUGUCACCUUUCUGACCAGACCGCUGACACACGUGAAUAUAUUGGCCCUUCGGAAGCGUUGCAAGCCUUUCGUCUCUGGGCUACAUAUUGGGAUAACACGGCAAAAACACAUAGCACUGAGGGCGCAAACGCGGCCAGGCAACGGAGAUUCGCAUGGAAAGCCUAUUACGACACUUUAUCUGAUAUCCUUCGUCGAGGACUGCCCUACGAGCCAGAACCUACUAUUUCUAAUGAAUACAGCGAGAAAUCUUCGGGUCACACCAACACUAGGCUACGUCAACGUGCAGAGUUAAAGAAAGUGGAGACCAUAUAUGAGAGUUUACUCCUGAAAGAGACAGAGUUUCCAAAAGCAAGUGAUACGAAUCACGAGAUCGUGUCUUGGGCAGAUUCGGUCAUGGACAAUUGGCGAUUUCUGUGUGGAGCAGCGUGGUCCAAUGCAGACUUGGGCGCGGGCGGCAAGGAGGCUGUUGGGAGAGGUGUACUGGAUAUCUUAUAUCGUGCAGCGACCAAGACAUUCCACUCGACACAGCUGCUACGCAAUCUUUUUACUGUUCAUGCGUCGCUAGCUGACUUCGACCUUGCAUUUAAAGCCUACGACGCAUACGUGGAAAUCAUCACAAGAGGCAAGGAUCGCGCCGAGAAAACCGGGGAGGAAGACGUGGCAGUCGAUGACGACAAUACGGUUUUGAUGAUCUCAGCGGAAGCUAUAAGGUUACUUUGUCGGUACGGAUCAAUGAAAGAGGCAGAAAAGGCUGUCCAGAUAGGACAUCAGAUUGAAAAGUGGCUCGAGCAGAGCGAACAUAUCGUAUCCUCGACAUCAGAAGCAGGUUCAGCUCGUUCGACUAAAAUACCUGUGGAACCCAGGGCUUUGGCUAUGGCUUAUGCUGCGAUAGGCAUCAGUCAAGCACAGUGGGCACGAUUUACGUAUGAGGCCGAUGCGCGUGCCGGCAUCCAAGCCAAAGCUGAACUUUAUCUCCGUCGAUCACUUGAUCCAAAUCUCAAAGAAUCUAACAAUAUCGAGGUUUUAUAUGCACUGGCUCUGGUGCUUGCAGAGAAACGAGAGAUCCAGGCCGCUAUCAAGGUUGUCAAACACACUCUAUCCGACGAGACCAAGCAAAAGACGUCAGAAACCAUCGAUGGGGCAAUCCUUGUUGGACAAGCAGUCGAUUUUGGUCGGGAAAGGAAGCUCAUCCCCGUUUGGCAUCUGUUGGCAUUGCUACUCUCCGCAAGGGAGGGCGAUUUUGGAGCAGCUCAGAAGUCCUGUGAAGCAGCUUUUGAGCAGUUUGGGGAUCCAUCUGUUCUAUUCGGCAAAGAUGACGACAGCUCAUAUCGCAGCGAACAUCUCAAAGAUAUCGACGGUAACAACCAUACCAAUUCCGGUAUCAUUGAUCAGAUGGAGAGUUUUGAGAAAAUCGGAGUUCUUCAGGUAAAAAUGACUCAAUUGUCGUUGCUGGAAGAGAUCGAUGGUGUUUCGACGGCGGUAGAUGGCUGUGACGAACUUCUAGCUCUGCACGCUAGAUUGUUUGGAGAUACAAGCGCUGAGACAGUUGUUCCUCCACCUGCUGAAACCCUGAUGCCCCCGAAAACCGCCGGAGGAGGGAUACGCAACAGCAUAUUUCGAGGCAGAGGGUCUGUGAGGGGAGCGCCGAACGCAAAUCAAGCCGGCAGCUCUACAGCAGGCAACUCGCGCAGUUCCAUCGUUGCCCCACAGCCAACAGCUGCACCAGCCAUACAAAUUACCGACGAGGAUUCGAACAACCAUCAUCUUCACCUACUUCACCAUCACAAGAACUCGGAUAGCCAGUCUGGCGUGCAACGAAGUCCUAGUAAGCUUCGAAAGCGAAGCGCCAACAGCUUGAGGAAGAAAUCACCAGUGGACUCGGAACCAGCGCCUGAGGUACCGCAGUUACCAGAAGGCAUCAGCAAUGGUACUGCCGCUCAGAAUAGUGGAGUCGCUCAAGACCACGCUCGCCAACGGUCUGCAUCAGGCUCGGUGCAUAGAUCGCUGGACAACUCUGAUCGUCCGUUGCGAUCCAUACCUCACAAUAUGUCCCCCAAUUCACAACCACCUCCGUCCGGAUACACCCAGCACCCUCUCAAGCAAGACACUCGUCUGCCUAUGCCUUUCUGGAAUGCAGAGCACAUUCUCUCAGAUCCUUACUUCUCCAGAAUCCAGAGCCGCCGGCAAAAAAUAACCCUGCUAGUCUCCAUAUGGAUCUUCAUCUCAGGGCUCUACUCGAGAGCAGGAAUGCUUGGGGAGGCGCAAGAUGCUACCAAGGAAGCUUUCAAACUCGUAGAAACCUUUGAGUCUGAGGUCGCACAAGAGUCUUCCACCAGUAAGGCAUUUGCUGAACAGGGUUGGGGAGGAGGGAAAAGCGUGGAGGAGCUUUGGGGCGAUGUCUAUGCUGCACGAGGUCAGUUGCUACUGUCCCAGGAGUCCAAGCACGAAGCGCGCGUCGAAUUUGAGCGUGCUGUUCUUCAUUUUCCGAGCCAUGCGGGGGCUAUAGUCGGAUUGUCGGAUAUCUUGCUGGACAUGUAUUGUGAGAUGAUCCCUCUGGAUUCGAGCAAAAUUGCGCGACAAACAAACAAAAGUGGCGCGGAAGACCAGCUCUCGCCACCAGUUCUCAGUCGGCUUGCAGCGCGAGAUCGGGCAUACGGGCUGCUUUCCUCAUUGACCAAGCUCAGUACCGGGUGGGACUAUUCGGAAGCGUGGUACGCUUUGGCACGAGCAUACGAGGAGAGCGAGGAGAUGGAGAAAGCGAAGAAGGCGCUCUGGUGGGUUGUGGAACUCGAAGACGCGCAUCCGAUCCGAGACUGGGACAAUGUCACGUUGGGUGGAUUCGCCAUGUAG